AAAAUAAAAACAUGUUGAUGUUUGAUAUAUAGUGAUUGUCAAUAUGCAUGAAUGUAAAAAUGUGUAAUUUUAAUCUAAAUUUAAUAGUUUAAAUUUAAAAGUUUAAUAUUAUAUAUUGUAUGUUUGUUCUGAAAGAAAUUAUUAUUUGAUUUUUUAAUUUCAUCAAAUAUUGAAAUACUUUAUUCGUUUUUAAUAAUUUUUAAUAAUUAAAUUGAUUUUUAUACUUUAAAAAAAAUUGUAAUUUAGAUUUAAUUGAAUUUAUAUUGAACUUUAAUAAUAUUUAUAUUUUUAUUUAUAUUUAUAUAAUAUUUUUUGAAAACAUAUAUACGAUUAGAUAAAUUAAGAUUUUCAAUUAAAUUUUUAUAUAUGAUGUUUUCUUAUUUUGUUAUAAUAAAUUUUAAUAAAUCAAUUUUUUAAUAAUAUUUUGAUUGAUAAUUCAUAUUAUUUUUAAUUACGAUUUCUUUAAAGUGAAUAUUUUAUCAUGAAUUUUUAUUAAUUAAACACAUUAAACAUAUAAUUUGCAUAAUAAUAUUAUUAUAAUAUUAUUUGUAUAUAAUAUAAUAAAACAUUAUUACGCUUUCUAUAAAAAUUUUUAUCAUAGUUGUUUAACUUGAAUCAAAUAAUAUAAGCGAAUACAUAAAAAUACCGAUAUUAGUAGCCAAUAAUCAAUGGCACUUGUCAUUUUGAUUUGAUUUCUAUACUUUCACUUUUAACUUCUAUUAAUAACUCAUUGAAUAAUAUAUCCCUUUAAAAUGUGGAAUAUUUAUUUAUUUUGUGCUAUUUUUCUAAUUUUGUUUAUAAUUAGAAAAUUAUAUUUAAAUAUAUAUAGGAUACAUAAAAAUGUUUGUAUCAUUGUUCUUGGAGAUUUGGGCAGGAGCCCCAGAAUGCAAUACCAUGCAUUAUCAUUUGCAAAAGAAGGUUUUACAGUAGAUAUUAUAGGUUAUCCUGGUUCAAUACCUUUAAGAGAAAUAAGAGAAAAUCCUUGUAUACAUAUUUAUUAUCUUUAUCCCUUUCCAAAAAUAGAAAAUAAAUUAUCUCCUUUAUGUUAUUAUGUGAUAAAAACAAUAUGGCAAACAUUUAAUCUUUUAUGGUUUUUAUUUAGUAAAAAAUUAUCAAAUUAUAUAUUGGUACAAAAUCCACCUUCAAUACCAACAAUUCCUAUUUGUUGGUUUUAUUCUAUCAUUGUUGGUUCACAAUUUAUUAUUGAUUGGCAUAAUUAUGCAUAUACUCUUAUGGCAUUAAAUUUAAAAGAUGACCAUUUACUUGUAAGAUUUGCAAAAGCAAUUGAAAUGUAUUUUGGUUCUAAAGCAAAUUAUAAUUUCUGUGUAUCUCAAACAAUGAAAGAAGAUUUACAAUUAAAGUGGAAAAUUAUUGCAGAGGUAUUAUAUGAUCGUCCAAGUAAUGAAUUUCAACCUAUAUCAUUAAAAGAAAAACAUGAAUUUUUAUUAAAAUUAAGUAAAAAAUAUGAUACAUUCAAAGGACUAAAAGAAAACUCAACUAUAUUUACAGAAUGUAUUAAAAAUGAAAUAAAACUAUCUUGUAAAAGACCAGGUUUUAUAAUAUCAAGUACAAGUUGGACAGAAGAUGAAGAUUUUUCAAUAUUAUUAAAUGCGUUACAAGAAUAUGAAAAUGCAAUUGUACAAAAUUUGUAUAAUUUGCCUAAUUUAAUUUGUAUAAUAACUGGUAAAGGUCCUUUAAAAAAUUUUUAUACAGCUAUUAUAAAAUUAAAGAAUUGGAAACAUAUUACAAUAAUAACACCUUGGCUUGAAAAUGAAGAUUAUCCAAAAAUGUUAGCUAGUGCAGAUUUAGGUAUUUGUCUUCAUAUAUCAUCUAGUGGAUUAGACUUACCAAUGAAAGUUAUUGAUAUGUUUGGUUGUGAAUUACCAGUUUGUGCAUAUAAUUUUAAAUGUUUAUCAGAACUUGUUAGACACAAUGAAAAUAGUAUGAUUUUUGUAAAUGAGAAAGAAUUAGCAAUACAAUUAAUAUCAUGGUUUGAAGACUUUCCUAAUAAUAAUACUCAAUACAAAUUAGAUAAGAAAUUUCGAGAAGAAUUGCACAAAUUUCAAAAAAACCGAUGGCACGGAAUUUCUAUUCUUUCAAUUGAAGAUAAUACAUUUUUGAAUAAUCGACCAAUAAUUGGUAUUUUAUCGCAAGAAAUAAGCUACAGUUUGAAUAAAAAAUAUCCAGGAGAAUAUGAUAGUUAUAUUGCUGCAUCAUAUGUAAAAUUUAUUGAAGGAGCUGGUGCGAGAGUUGUUCCAAUUUGGAUCGGAAAGAAUAAAUCGUACUACGAAGAACUUUUAAGUAAAAUAAAUGGAGUUCUAUGGCCUGGUGGAUCAACGUAUUUUAAUCAAAGUAAUGGAUAUGCAGAUGCAGGCUAUAUGAUUUAUAACAUUGCGGAAAAGAUGAAUAAAAAUGGUGAUUAUUUUCCACUUUUUGGGAUAUGUUUGGGAUUUGAAUUGUUAACAUAUGUUGCUGCUAAUCGCGUUGAACACAGAACACAUUGUAAUAGUAUGAAUCAACCACUUCCAUUAGAAUUCACAAAAGAUUUUCGGAAUAGUAGAAUGUUUCGCAAUACUUCAUCUAAUGUUAUAGAUAUAUUAAAAACUAAAAACGUGACAGGAAAUUAUCAUCGAUAUUGUGUUACGACAAAAAAUUUGAACGAUGUUGGUAUAGAAGACAAAUUUAGGAUAUUGUCUUUAAAUAAUGAUUCGACUAAAAUUCGAUUUAUUUCUUCAUUAGAACACGUUACUUUACCUUUUUACGCUUUGCAAUUUCAUCCUGAGAAAAAUUUAUAUGAAUGGAUUAAAAAGAAAAAUAUUCCGCAUGGGAAAGAUUCCACUAUAAUUGCACAAUAUUUUGCUAAUUUCUUUGUUAACGAAGCACGUAAAAAUAAUCAUAAAUUUGAUGAUGAAAAUGAAGAAUCUCGGAGUUUAAUUUAUAAUUAUCCAAUAACUUAUACUGGAUUGAAAAAGUCUACAUUUCUUCAAUGUUAUUUAUUCAAGAAAACCGAUACAAUAUAAUUUAUCGAUAUUUUGUUAUUUAAUAUUAUCUAAUUUAAAUUUAAUUUUAUAAUUGUAAUUUAAAAUUGAGAUUUUCUUUCCAUUUUUUUAACUAUAUAUAGUAGAAAAAUAAUUAUGAUGAUAUAUUUUUUAAAUAAAAAUGAACUCAUAUAUAUAAAAAAUAUAGUUCGGUUAUUUUUAUAAAUAAUAUUCAAUAUAUACAUAUUUACAUAUUGUCUACAACGUUAAUAAUUUUAUUUAUUAUUACGAAUUGUUAUUAAUAUUUUGUGUGACGUAAUUUUUAUUUUUGUUUUCUUAAUCUUUAUCUAAUUUGAACUGAGUCUAUUAUAACUAUAUUUUUCUAUAACUGAAAUAUAUAAUAUAAUAAAGUAAAAUUUUUUAAAAUAUUUUAUUUAAUUUAAAUACUUUACUUUGUUAUUUUAAUUUGCAUUAUUAAAAGUUUUCAAUCAAAACAUUCAUAAAUUUUUGAAGAAAAAUCAAAGAAUAAUCUGAACUAAUUUUAAAUAGUUUUUUUUGUUUUAAGUUUUUACUACCUUAUUUAUAUAUUGAAUUGCUCAUAUUUUCUAUUAUUUAAUAUAUGUUUAACUGUGAAAUGCAAUGUAUCUUUUCAGUUUUCGAAUUCUAAUAAUAAGCGAAAUAUUUAAAUUAAAAUAAAUUAAUUAAUGUAAAUUAUAUGAUUCUGUUUAAAAAAAUGAAAUUGAUUUUAAAAUCUUUCUGCAAAAAAGAAUUUAUGAUGUCUCUUUUUGAAUUGAACAAUUACUAAAAUUUUUAAUUUUUUGUUGAGAAUUUCAACUUCUCUCUAUUUCAACAAGAUAUUUUGCUGUUUCACUUAGUUGUAACAUUUAUAUAAUAUUAAUUAUUAUUUUAUUGUAUAUUUUAUGUGUGUCAAAAGGAAUGUUAUAUCUUUUAGAAUUACUAUAAAAUAUUGAUCGAUUGAUUUUGAAUUUAUAAAUCCUCGUUAUCACAACAUUAUCGAUUUAUGCUAAAAAUUUUAUUUAAAAUAGAAUUAAAGCAUGGGAAAUUAUUACAUAUAAGACAGAACACGUAAUAUUCACAUUUAACAUAACACCAGUGUAUAUUGUGUCACAACUGGGAUACAUAAUAUUACAAUGGUGCAUAAUAAAAUUCUAUACAUAUUUCAUUCUAUCUAAAGUAAAUCAUAUUUUGAAUUUUUUCCUUCACCAUCAUACUUCACUUUGAAUCAAAGCGUUUCCAUUCAAAUGAUUUUUAUCUCUAUCAGGAAAUAUAAGAUCAUUUAGAUAGAAAUUUUAUUAAAAAUUAUACACAAAAAUAACAAAUCGUGAUUGUUAGUGAAAAAAUAAAAUAACAUCUAUUUCACUAAUAUAUUUUAUAAAGUCGCUUUGAUUCAAAGGGAACGAUUGGAUCUGAUAUUUGCUUGCUAUUUUUAGAACAAGCACGAAACUAAAUCUCUUAAAAGCAUGAACCAACUGUUAAUUUUAUUCUUGUAACGUAUAAUUUUAUCAAUAUAAUAAUAAUAAUAAUAAUAAUAAUAAUAAUAAUAAUAAUAAUAAUAAUAAUAAUAUUAUCAAUAAUAAUAAGAUAAUAAUAAUUAUUCAUAUAAACAUUAUUUCUAUUUAUUCCUUGUAAGAUUUUUUAGCAAAUUACAAGGAACGAUGCCACAAAUAAAUUGUAGAGGAAUUCUUUACAUGUAUUGUUGGAAAAAUUACUUGUAUCAAGUGUUUUCGGUACGGCAUCAUAAUUUUCAUCUCUUUUUCAUAUUCAUGUCGUGUACAACAUAUAUAUACAUAAUGUAUAUACGCAUGAGCAAUAUAUAUUAUACAUAUAUAUAUUUGUUUCUCCUCUCUAGAUGUAUCUUUGCACAACGCAUAUUUUAUACGUUUCCUUUCUAUUACCAUUUCUCAUUUUCUUUAUAUAUCUCUUUUUCUUUUUCUACGAAUAUAAUAUGAAAAUUUUAUGCUCCAUAUGUGACAUAUAUUUUGUGUGUCACUGAUAAAGUGACCCUGUAAUAUUCAUUAAUUUUUCCCUCAUUAUUUUUUUCUUUCUUGUUUUUUUUUUUAAAUAGUACGUAAUAUCUAAUUGUUUGGAUAUACUUAGAUAUAUUUAUCGUAAUAUAUUAAUCUAGAUUUCUACGGAGUGAUGAACGAUAUCGUACAUUUAACUCCAUGUGACGCAUGCACGCGCGUUAAUAAAUUUAUCAUCUUUUUCAUGUCUAUAUUUCAGUAGUUGUUAUCAUUAUAAUAUUAUACAUAAGUAGAAUAAGCUUGAUAAUGCAACAAUCGUUAAUAUGCAAUUGUAAGAUUUUUUUUUAACUUUUUUUUGUUUUACAUUUUAAAAAUUUGGUGUCAAAUGAUCUUUCAAAUAUAUACGAUAUAUUCAGGUAACUUAAAGCAUUAAACAACAUUGUCGCAAAACCAAGCUUACAAUAUUUUUAUUUUUUACCCUUAAUAUGUAAAUAUGAAAUACAUGGCCUUACAAGAUCGCUAGAGACAAUAAUAUUUUUCUUUUUCAAAAGUGAAACGUAAAUCUCGUUAAACAUUUAAAAUUAAUUUAAAAAAUCAAAAUGAUCAAAAUUUGUCCCUAUAUUUAUAUAUAAAAAAGUAUUGAAUUGCUAUCAUCUGAUUCUUUAUUUAUUUUUUUCGUUUAUUUCUUUUAUUACUUAAGAUCUGAUGUAUUAAAACUUGGUAUUUGCUGCGGAUAAACGCUUUAGUGAAAUUCGCAAAAAUAUAUUGCACUCGAUUACGAUAAUUAUAAUUAAACAAGAAGAGUUAAAAAAAAAAAAAAGAGAAAACAAUUGACUAUACUUAAAACGGACAAUUGACACGAUAUUUUAAUUCGAUAUCUGGAUCCGUUUUAAUAAAAGAAUCCAUAUUAAUCAAUCGUUUUUUUAAAGUAUUUUUAAAGUUCUUUUAAAUAUAAUUUUUUUUAUUAAAGAAAACUACACGCCAAAUAAGUAAACACAGAUAUUUAAAUAAAUCGAAUAUCAAUUAUUAUAAUAUAUUGUUAUCUUUUUCACGUUUACGUAGAAUUCUUUUUACAGAAAUAAUAAAAUGAUAUAUUUAUUAUUAUGAUAUUAGAUUUUGUAUAGAAAUGUUUCUCUAUUUCUAGAGAUAAAUAUAUAGAAAAAGCAAACUUAUAAUGCUUUUUGUUUAAAAUAGAAAAAAAAAAAUCUUUUUCAGAAUUGUAAUCUUAAAGAUAUCUAUAAUUAGAAAUAAGAAAUACCACUCCAUAUUUAACGAAAUUAGCCAAUUUUUGCUUUAUGGAAGUAAUAGUACAAAAUGUAUUUUAAUGCAAAAUGAUUAAUGAUACUGAAUAAAGUGGCAGAUGUAAAUAUAAUUUUAGAAUCAUUUCCAAUAACGAUUUUUUAUAUAAAUAAAAAAAUUUUUUAUAAAAUAUACGAGAUAUUUAAUUUAACAGAAAGUAUAGAAAACUGCACAUAAUUUGAAUCACAAAUACACUUUGUACUCCAAGCAAACUACCCGAUAAAUCUUUUAAAUUACGAUUAUACAAUCUCUCAGAGGUAUAUCGUAUAUUACAUUAUCACGCUGAAUUUUAUUUUUUUUUUAACUAGUAAAUACAUUAAUUUCGUUACUUUUUCCUUUUUGUUUCUCUCUUCUUUACACGAAAUUAUUGUAUAAAACUAAUACAGCGUUAUAUCUUACCGCAGUUAGUUUUAAUUAUAUUCGAAUUAAUAGCAAAGUUACGUGUGCCCAUUAUCGAAUCGCAAAGACCCGAGCAUCGAUUCCAACGCAACGACAUUCAACGCGCGGAAUUCGAUAACACAUAAUGAAUAUUCUUUCUCUUCAUAAAAGAUCUAUUAUAUUUAUUAUACAAAAGAAAGGAGGAAAAAAAACAAAAACAAAAAAAAUUCAAACUUUGGAUAAUACACUGCUAUUGUUCGUAGCAGCACGAUUAAUUCUUCAAAACUGAUGAAGUUCAUAUAAAUCUUUCUCUCGUUUUUUCUGUAUUUAGCAACAGACGAGUAUUGCGAUAAAAACGUUUGAAACGUGAACAAUGGGACGCUGUAGUCACGAUUCAUAACGAUCUUUCUAUCGCAUAACAACACUUUAUCAAUCAACUCACUUUCGUGCCCGUAGAAACUGCAAGUUUCAAUAGUCUUUUUCUUCUUCUGUUUUGGAGAAAAACAGUUGAACAAGAAAAAGAAAAAGAAA